UCUGCAACUGAGAGAGAGAGAGAGAGAGAGAGAGAGAGAGAGAGAGAGAGAGAGAGAGAGAGAGAGAGAGAGAGAGAAUAACCUGGCAUAAGUACGAAAAGAGCGAGAGAAGAAACAAAAGAAGACGAAGAGACGGGAUACAAGAUGAAUAGAACACAAUAACGGAUUGCGCAAGUCUUACUAAUUUUAACAGUUUUAAUAUUCGUUUCGUUUCGCUUUUUAAGUGCCCUGAACUACAUUCAUUUCAAGCAAGAUUUAUUUUAAAGACAUAAACGAGGGGAUCUGAGCGAUAACACAAAAGGCAACCUAAAGUAUUUUCCAAUUCGGAAGCGUUUUUCCUAGAAACUUUUAAGUCUUUUGUUUGCUGAGGAAGAAACUCUUUAUUUUUGAGUCUCAUUCUUUGUAAUGUUUUGACGAAAACAUUACAAAGUUGGUAGUCGCAGAGGGGGAAAAAAACAAGUAUUUCAUUUUUUGGUAUAACUGUGCGCGAGCAGGCAAAUGGUGCCCAGACUCCUUUUGCUCGCGCUGGUAUGUGGACUCAGCACGAGGGGAACGACUCAGGACGUCAAAGCGGAGGCGUGGUUGCAGCAGUAUGGUUACCUGCCCCCAGGUGAUGUUCGCGCUCAGGCUCUCCGCUCGCCAAAGUCUGUUUCCACGGCAAUUGCCGACAUGCAGAGAUUCUACGGCCUGCAGGUCACUGGCUCCGUCAACCCCCAGACCAUAGAGGCAAUGAAGCGGCCAAGGUGUGGCGUCCCAGACAAGUUUGGCUCGGAACUGAAGAGCAAUCUGAGGAGGAAACGCUACGUCAUCCAAGGGCUCAAAUGGGACAAAGCUGAGGUCACCUUCAGUAUACAGAACUACACCCCUAAGGUGGGGGAGUAUAAGACCUUCCAGGCCAUCCGCCGGGCCUUUCAGGUGUGGGAGGGCGUGACCCCCCUGCGUUUUCGCGAGAUCCCCUAUCACCGCAUCCGGGACAAGGUGGAGAGCUUCGCCGACAUCAUGCUCUUCUUCGGCGAGGGUUUCCACGGCGACAGCACCCCUUUCGACGGGGAAGGGGGCUUCCUGGCGCACGCGUACUUCCCUGGCCAAGGUAUAGGGGGUGACACUCACUUCGACGCCGCCGAGCCCUGGACCUCCAGCAGCACAGACCAGGGUGGUAAUGAUGUGUUCCUGGUGGCGGUGCAUGAGCUGGGCCACGCCCUGGGCCUGGAACAUUCCGGGGACCCGUCGGCCAUCAUGGCUCCGUUCUACCAGUGGAUGGACACGGAGAACUUCGUCCUGCCCGCGGACGACCGGCGCGGCAUCCAGCAGAUCUACGGAACAAGAUCUGGGGGUCAGCCACCCCCACCCCCCCGUCCAACCCACCCCCCUCUCAAACCAGACCUGCCCCCUUCUACUGGUCCCGAUAUCUGCGAGGGACACUUUGACACCAUCGCCAUUCUAAGGGGAGAGAUGUUCGUCUUCAAGGAUAAGUGGUUGUGGCGUGUGCGUAAUAACAGGGUUUUGGAGGGGUACCCCAUGCCCAUCGGACACUUCUGGAGGGGGCUGCCCACCUCCAUAAAUGCAGCCUAUGAGAGAGCUGAUGGGAAAUUUGUCUUCUUCAAGGGGGACAGGCAUUGGGUGUUCACAGAGUCGAACUUGGAGCAGGGGUACCCCAAACCCCUGAAGGACUUGGGUAGUGGACUUCCCAAAGACAGGCUGGACACUGCACUCUACUACAGCCCCACUGGCAUGACCUACUUCUUCAGAGGAAACAAAUAUUACAGAUUCAAUGAGAAAACUGGCUCUGUGGACCCAGAGUACCCCAAACCUAUCAGCGUGUGGCAGGGGGUCCCCGACAACAUAAAAGCUGCCAUCAUGAGCAAGGAUGGAGCGCAUACCUACUUCUACAAGGCCAAUAAAUACUGGAAGUUCAACAACCAGCAGCUGAAGGUGGAGCCUGGCUUCCCCAAAUCGGUGCUCCGGGAUUGGAUGGGCUGCGAGGGGGAGGAGCCCAAGAGGGGCGGGACCGACGAAGAGGUGAUCAUCAUCGAGGUGGAGGAGAGCGGGGCGGGGGCGGGGCCAGCGGCUGUGGUGGUGCCCCUCCUGCUGCUGGUGUGUGUGAUCUGCGCCCUGGGGGCCGUCCUUUUCUUCCGUCGCUACGGCACCCCCCGACGUCUGCUCUACUGCCAGAGGUCCCUGUUAGACAAGGUGUAGAGAGAGAGGGGGGAGAGAGAGAGAGAGGGAGAGAGGGAGGGCGGGGUGAGUGGGAGAGAGAGAGAGGGAGACGGAGAGAGAAAGAGGAUAUGAUGAGGUGGAAUAGUGGGAUUGAAAAGAGAGAUGACAGAGGAGAGAUCCACAGACACACGUGUGUAUUUGUAUAUUUUAAUAUCUGUAUGGAUAGUACUCAGAGACCAGAACCUUUCCACAUAGCACGGGGAGAGACAUGCAUACACACACUCACAUGCACGCACACAGACACACCACACACACAGUCAUGCCUACACACACACUCACACACACUCACUCGUAUGCACACAGACACACCACGCACACAGUCACACACACACACACACACACACACACCCCUACCUCUCACACUCAUUAUUUGCAUAAAAAGAAAAGAUGUCACUUCCUCCCUCUCCUUGACUCCAGCCAACUGGUUGUUUCUUUAGUAUUUCAAAAUGUUUUAAAUUGUUUUUAGGGUUUUGUAUUUGUCUUUAUUUUGGUGCCUUAUAGAUUUUUAAAUCUUGAAACUCAGGCCUUUAUAAACCCCUCCAUAAAUGUGUAUGGAGGGAGGGAAGGAGGGAAAGGGAGGAGGAGAGGGAUAGAGUGAUGAAGAGAAAGAGAGAGCAAAGGACUCAGCCCCACUAUUAACCCUCCACACCCCACUAAACCCUAGCCCCUCCCACCUCUCCAGCCGUGUUUACAGCAGGUAUCUCAGCAGAAACAUCUCCACUGAGCUCAGUGUCUGACAGAGUGCAUCAAAGGGAACCAAUCAGAGCUCAGUUUCAGAUUUGGUGAGUUGAAACCAAUCAGAUCAGAGUCUAAAUAGUGCUUUGAUCAGCCAGGUGAUUGCUCCUGUAUGAAGGUGGAUGCUCCUCAGAGAGUACAGCCAUUUGUCUGCGGUUGUUUAGUACAAUUCUAGAUACUAUUGUUAUUGUUUUAAUCUUAUUGUGUUUGUAUUAUUAUUAUUAUUAUGAUUAUUAUUAUGACUGUUAUUAUUAUUGUUAUUGUUAUUCUGUCUCAUCUGAAGUUUCUUUUUGGUAUGUUGUUUUUUGAAGUCCUGCUGGACAGGGGCAAAAUGUGACAACAAUAAGUAAGGCCAAGGAGGCGUGUUUUUUUUUGGGGGGGCAAUAAGGCGUGCGUUUAAGGGGGUGGGGGGAAGGGGGGGGGGGUGUAUUUCAAAAUAUGUUGGUUUUUCCAUCUCUGAAUAUAUGAAAUUAAUGGAAAUGUAUAUUUUUUGUCAUUGCUAUUGUUUACUGUUCUUAAGCAUGUUCAGCAACAGGAAAUGAGAUGACAUCAGUAAUGACAGUGAUAAUAAUAAUGAUAUUUAUAAUGACACUGAUUUUAAAUAAAGCAAUUUGAUUUUUUCCAAUUUUUCUCUUUUUUUACAUGAAUCUAAACAAAAUAAAAUAUUUUUUAAAAUUC